UUAGUCCGGACUAAUCUUACGCCUGGUCGUAGGCCUUUUUGAGAAACGAGCCCCUGGUUUUAUUUUUUCCUCCACAAUGAUUAUAGAAGUAUAGGAGCCCAUAUGAGUAAAACAUGCAGAUGAAAUAACUCAGCCACAAUGACGGGCAGUAUAUAUGGUAGUUCUCAGGAGUAAGAAAAUCUGCAUAUGAAUAAUGGAAGAGUAACGAUGCCGGACUGGCGAAUGGAUUGGUUAUGUGAGGAGGGCCAAAACGCAUUCAAUGGAACUAAUAUCAGAUAUGUGAUAAGAUUAUGUUGGAAUUUAUUAAGAUUGAAUUCUUCAUACAAUUCCAACUAUACAUUUGUCCCCUUGUUUGAAAACCAGGAAUUAGGCGAGGACUUGGCGAGACCCGAGACAAUUGUUACUUUUAUCCUGUGUGUUGUUGCAUUGCUGUUUAAUGUUGUGUCCAUCAUGGCUACGUCACAAAUCUCUUCGACAGCACAUACCAAAGUGAUAAUAAGUCUGGCAGCCUCCGAUAUUCUCGUCCCAGUCAGUGUAUUUAUGCACAUUGUUGACAGUCAUUUCAACGUGCCAUCUCUCGAUCCUAAUUCUCGACUCCUCUCCGCCUGCAUUCAAGUUUGUGUCGUGUCAUUCAACAAUAUGGCAAACUUGAUGUCGCUGUUGAACCUUUUAGCAAUAGCUAUAGAUCACUAUAUAGCUAAUUUGAUGCCUUAUCGAUAUGUGCAUCUUUUAAACCGCCGUCGGACAAGUUUCAUGAUAACCAUUUUAUGGAUAAUAGGAUACCUGUGUGGAUUUUCUUCCUUCUUUGGUGGAUUUCAAAAGUCGGAGGCAUUCGAAAAUUUGAAUUUUUGUGAAAUUACCAACUUUUCUGUUUUCCAUGCAGAAUAUUUUGUGAUAUUCACGGCGGCAGUUUGUUUUGUCGCCAUGUUAUUCAUUUAUACAAGAAUAUUCUGUAUUGUGCGACGUGUAAGCACAAAGGGAACAGCGCUUCAUAAAGACGCAUUGCACAACACCAAGGCACUGAAAACCUCAGCGCUUAUCAUCGGCACUUUCGUUGUCUGCUGGCUUCCGAAUUUAGUCUUCCAAGUGUCUCUUUUGAUUCAGUUACACGCUUUAGACAGUAGUAAUAGGGUGUACGAAACGCUUUUUCGUGUCAACAGAUAUUUAUACAUUCUUGUUGUGGUGAAUUCUGUUUGUGACCCCAUCAUAUAUGCAGCAAGGUUAAGAAUUGUACAAAAAGGGUACUUUCGAUUAUUAUCAAGGUUCUGUGGAUAUAAGAACCCAAAAAUGUACGACGGUGUUAAUUAUCGCCAAUCAAAGACUAGUGAGCUCCUGGCCCGAAAGCAGUCAACACUGGAAUCGAACGCACCCCGAGAAUCUCACCCCGAAAUACAGAGUAUGUUGUAAAUUGUUUUAGAUUAUGGUGAUCAUGAACUCCAUUUUUACAAUAUCAGAAAUAAAGUUGAGGAAGUAUGAAA